AUGGCGGCGCAUAAGAGCGGCGCAAAAUGGCGGCACACGAUGGUAGUCAAAAAUGGCGGCGCACGAGAACGGCGCAAGAUGGCCGCGCACAAAAGCGGCGCAAAAUGGCGGUACACGCUGUCGGUACAAAUGGCGGCGCAUAAGAACAGUGCAAAAUGGCGGCGCACGAGAACGGCGCAAAAUGUCGGCACACGAAGACAGCGUAAUACCUGGGCGCAAAAUGGCGGCGAAGAAGGGGGAUGCACGAUCACGACGCGCAAGAAAGACGGACUCUGGAGGAGUCAACGGUUCCGGAGGUCAUUCUGCGUAAGCUCUAACUUAUUGUUCAGUGCAAGAGGUUACGAUGUGAUGGGUCCAAAGGAAACAGAGCGAACCCAGUUCUGUGUAGCGAAAGCGGACUGCGACUCGAAUAGAGGCCUUCCAUUUCGGUCUGAAUGUCUGCGAUGGAGACUCUUUAUUGUUUUUGCAGACUGCAACGGACUGACCGACAAGUACGAUCGUAUCUUUAUGGCCCUAUUGCCGCAGCGGAUGAAGCACAACGACUCGUUGGUGCAUCAGUUUAAGUCGUUGAUGUCUCUGUUCCCUCUGGCCUGGUUCUACCGUUGGGACCUGUUCUCCGGUCGCCCCGAACGGACAGGCCAAGCUCUGCUGCAGACCUGCAAGUACGCCGAGCACCUUCGCGGCAUCAUCGAAAUUGAAAAGGUGAAGCAACAGAAAGCCGUCUACUCGUGGCUGGACGAGUUUGUCGGCGAGACGACGUCACCGGUCGAGUUGAGCAUGAUCUGCGGCAUGCACAAACGUGUUCACAUACGCACUGUGAGUCCAACCGCCCACUUGCCCACUCCUCGACGUGGCGUUCACACACGGCCACACACAUUGCCCUCUCUCGCCACCCACUUGGGUGGACAAAAUCACACCCGUUUCAGCCGCCUCGUCGCCAAUUUACUCGCCUCGCCUGCACUCGUGAAUCUGCUCAGUUUCUUCGAUUCUGGCCUGAUCGUAGAAGAGUUUCGCCUGCGGAUGAUGGAGCAGGCACCACCCGAAUCCUCCCUUGAACGAUUGAGCCAACGUUCGGCCAAAAUACAAUCGAACGGGAGGGACUCGGACCCUCUCAGCUUCAUCAUUACUCAUUUUUUCAACUCACAAAAUGCCUCUCAAGAAAGAAACGACAUAAGUAAUUGCCUGAAACCAGAAAAGCAUUUGCUUACUGACAGAAGGUGGGUUUUGCAAAACUUUAUUGUUUCAUAA